AUUUUGUCAUCUCGUUGUAUAGGGCCUUGUUAGCAACACCAAAAACAAAAUAAAAUCCCCCCUUGAAUGACCGAAAGAAGAAAAAGAGAAGAGAGAGAAGAACAGCAGUCGAGCUCAUCAAUCUGAGUUUCCACAAUUAAUCAGCAUAUGAAACAUCUUAAUAAAAAAUUGGUAUAAGCUUGAGGGAAAAAGUUUUGAAAACGGAGAAGAUGAUUGAAGAAACACAAAAAGUGGUAGCUCAAAAGGAAAUCCAUACCAGUAAUGGAGUUAUUCAGGUAAUGGCGGAUUGGUCCAAACUGCCAGAUGAAAUCUGGAGGCUAAUUGUAAAAAGACAGCGUUUAAUUGAAGAUUAUGUAAGGUUUGGUGGGGUUUGUAGGUCAUGGCAUUUGAUUACUCUUGAGAAGGAGAACUAUUCAUGUUCAGAGCUUCCGUGGGUGAUGCUCACUGAAAAUGAAACUAGUAACAUUCGUGAGUUCCAUAGUAUUUUCAGUAAUAAGGUUUACAAACUGUACUUGCCAGAUAUUCGUGGAAGGCGGUGUUGGGGCUCUUCUCAUGGUUGGUUGGUCACUGUUGGCACUGAUCGAGAGAUGAACAUAUUAAAUCCUCUGACACGAGUUCAAAUUCCCCUCCCACCAUUACAUAAGUGCCCAAAUUUGAAAAAACUAAUUUGCACCCCUAAAGAAUUUCGCAAUUAUUUUGUGUGCAAAGCUGUUCUAUCCUCAAAUCCAUCUGACCCAAAUUGUAUAGUUAUGGCUAUUUAUUCAGAUCAUAGGAAGAUGGCAUUUACAAAGCUAAGUGGCAAGGCUUGGACUCCAUUGGAGUGUUCUCCUGUAUGGCUUGAGGACAUUGUUCACUUGAAUAAUUAUUUCUAUGCUGUUGACUCUUUCUGUAAUGUGCUGGUGUUUGAUUGUACCGGCUCUCAUCUAAAGACUAUAUCUUUUACAAUGUUGCAAGAAGAAAGGGAAAUGGACUACGAAGCUAAAUAUCUUGUGGAGUUAGGAGCGGAGAUAUAUAUGGUCCUAAGAUGCCUUUAUGACACUAGAAUUGCUGAUACCCCAUAUUUGAAAACAUGGGGUUUUGUAGUGUACAAGUUGGAUUUAUGCAGUGAGAAGUGCGAGGAAGUGGAUGGUUUGGGAGAUUGGUGCAUCUUCUUGGGCAGUAAUUAUUCCUUCUCCAUAUCAGCUUCUUGUGCUGACUUGAAGUGUAGGAAAAAUUGCAUUUAUUUCACAGACGACUAUUAUGGAAUGUAUAGCAGACAGGGAAGCUAUGAUAUGGGACUAUAUGAUCUUGACAGUUGCAAGAUGGAGCCUUGUAUUGUAGAGCAUGUCUCGCAUUAUGAUUAUUCUGUACCCCUUUGGAUCAGGCCAAGUUUGUGGUAAUGCUUACCGAUAACUUAAAGCAGGAAAUCCCAUUCCAGACGAUCAUGUCUCUUCAUCAUAUAAAGUUUGAAGAUGAUAUUGGCUCCAUAAGUAUGCUAAACAUCUACUUUUUGAAGAUCCCUGUUUCUUUCUUCAAGUACUUAAACAAUGAGAACUGUGAACAUGCUGUACUGAGAACCAGUUGUGGGAUGUGGCAAGUGAAGAUCGAAGGUGAUCAACGUUUUGAAGGUGCAGGUUGGACAGAUUUUGCGAAGAGACAUGAUUUGCAAGUGGGUGAUUUCUUGGUGUUCAGACACGAAGGAGACAUGGUGUUUGAUGUUAUGGCGUUUGAUCAAAGUGCCUGUGAGAGAGAAUAUCAACCCUUGGAUGUCGAUGAUGAUGAUGAAGAAGAUGAAGAUGAGGACGAGGACAAGGACGAUGAAGAAAGUUCAGAGUCAGAGUCUUCCAAGGACAUAAGCCAGUCAAAUAAGAUCUUUAACAAUUCACCAAAGGCUUCUCAUCCAAAAGGAGGAGGAGGAGGAGCUUCUUGUUCCAAACCGAGUCACCCUUAUUUUGUGACCAUUUUAAAGCCCUAUAGUUUUGAAGCUUCUAGAUUGUUCAUUCCACGUGGCUUUGCAAGGUCAGAGGGCCUAAUCGACAGACGUUGUGAGAUGAUCAUCAGAGAUGAACAACAACAAAAGUCAUGGCAAGUGAGGUUGAGCCACAAGUGUGAUGGUCAAGUUUAUAUUGGUAGAGGUUGGCGUGAAUUUCGAAUUGCAAAUGGGCUUAAACAAGGAGACACUUUGUCCUUUGAGCUCAUUUGUAAAGGGACGAAGCCUGUUAUUGGUUUCCAUUGGUUGAAAGGAAAUUCGAGAGCUAAUGAGAUGGUAAAUGCUAAAAUGGAAAAAAGCUCUACAAAUACAAAACUCACAACACCACAGUACUUUAUUGCCACUCUGACUCCACAUAAUUUCAAGUGUUCUGAAUUGUAUAUUCCAAAGGAGUUUGCAAGGCUGAAUGGUAUAAGCAAGUACAGCGAGAUGACCAUAAAAGAUGGAAAACAAAGAGAGUGGGUAAUGAAUAUGAGGAGACAGAAGUGCGGUAAGAGAUUGUACAUUGGACAACAAGGUUGGAAAGAGUUUGCUGCUGCAAAUCACCUCAAAAAUGGAGAUGUUAUCAAGUUAGGCCUCCUCAAGGCUGGGAAGAAGACGCUUACCAUGAACUUCACUUUUUUUGGUGGAUCAUCAAGAACAAAGGGCUUACACAAUGGGAGCAAUAAUUAAUACCAUGAAGUACAAGUAGAGCUCCAAAGACUCUUUUUGUCAUCAUAUAUGUAUAUAUUAGGUACUAAUGUGGACAUGCUCUUGCUUUAUGAAUUAUGUAACUGUGUUGUUUAGUACUGCCGUAAGUUUGUGUGUAAUGAUACAGUACGUACUUUUUAAAAGAAAGAUGGAUAUCAUGUGCUAAGUUUAUGUAUUAUUAUUGUGUUGUUAAAGUCUGUAAAAGAACAUAGUUUAGCUACUCAUGUUGAGCCAGUAACUCCACAGACAAUCCAUUUCCGUUGAGGAACUGGACAAAAGGGGCUUAGAUGGGCCCAACAACACAGUGAUUGCUGAGGAACUGAACAAAAGGGACUUAGAUGGCCCCGACAACACAGUGAUUACUGCGCACGAGGAAUAAGGAGGUGCUCCCUCAAGAAAAACAAGUAUAAAUCAAAAGCUACUUUUAUCUCUCCAUGUUAACAUUGCUAAACUAUUGCUGAAUCCUACUUCAAAUGAG